AUGUUCGACGCAUUCAACAUCUUCCAUGACGACCUAUUGAGCGAGAAGGGCAGCUGGCUGUUCGACAUUGUCCUCUACGCAAUACUUGGCCUUUCCACACUAUUCACCAUCAUCCUGGUUACAUUGCCCCCGCAAUAUGACCCCUACAAGGACAAGCCGUUGAGAGCUGUAAAUGAGAAGGGCGAGGAGCUGGAACUGAAGAGGAAAGAUGGGAAGAAAAAGGUGGACUUCAAGGCGGGGCGGACAACCCAGGUAGUGGUUCUGGGGGACAUUGGUCGAUCACCGCGCAUGCAGUAUCAUGCAAUCAGCAUUGCAAAACAUGGCGGUAAGGUCUACCUGAUCGGCUACCAAGAGUCUGAAGUCCAUCCGGACGUGGCUUCCAGCGACCUCAUCACCAUCGUCCCCCUAAAUCUAGCCCCUUCCCUCCUACGCUCCAGUUCUAAACUCCUCUUCCCCAUUCUCGCCCCGCUCAAAGCCCUCCACCAAGCCUGGACCCUCUAUCGCGCCCUCGGCUACGCCUCCGAGCCAGCGCGCUACAUGCUCGUGCAAAACCCCCCUUCUAUACCCACCCUCGCCGUCGCAACCAUCAUCUCUUUCCUUCGCAACACCGAGCUCGUCAUCGACUGGCACAACUUUGGGUACUCUAUUCUUGCGCUCAAACUCGGUGCUUCCCACCCCCUGGUCAAAAUCUCCGCUUUAUACGAGAACCUGUUCUCGAGGCUUGCAUCACAGCAUAUCACCGUUACAAACGCCAUGGCAAGAGUGAUGAAGGAUAGUUAUGGCGUCUCAGCACAAGCACUCCACGAUCGCCCCGCCGCUAUCUUCCGUCCCAUCAGCACAACCGAACGCUCAAGGUUCCUCUCCCGUCUACCAGAGACAGCACAGUACGCUUCGGACCUUUCGAAAGGCACAUGGAAGCUUAUCGUCUCGUCCACCUCCUGGACUGCAGACGAGGAUUUCUCGUUACUGCUCGCCGCGCUGGAAUCCUACUCCGCGCGCGCAACAUCGCAAGUGUCCCUCCCGAAGAUUCUGGCUAUCAUCACGGGUAAAGGGCCGCAGAAGGAACACUACCUCUCCCUCGUCCAGAAGAUGAACCAAGAGAAGAAGCUACUGAAUGUGGUUAUUCAAACGGCGUGGCUUACGCCCGAGGACUACGCUACCCUCCUCGGUGCCGCAGAUUUGGGCGUCUCGCUGCACACCUCGUCUUCGGGUGUGGAUCUCCCGAUGAAGGUGGUAGAUAUGUUUGGUGCAGGGUUGCCGGUGGUGGGAUGGGGUGACUUUGAGGCGUGGCCUGAACUGGUCAAAGAGGACGCCAAUGGUAAGGGCUUCAAUUCUUCAGAGCAGUUGGCGGAUCAGUUGGUGGAUCUAUUUGGCAAGAAAGACAGCUUAUUGCCGACUCUGAAGAAGGGUGCGCUGAAAGAAAGUGAGAACAGGUGGGAUGAUGAGUGGGAUCGAGUUGGUGGGAAGCUGUUUAAGCUCGUCUAG